GUGACGGCGGCGCAGCGUUGCCUAGGCAGCGGCUGCGGGGCGGAAAGAGGGAGGGGGCCGGUCCUCCGCCCUGGCCCGGCCGCCAGGCCACCCGGCCGCGACACAGACGCUAACCAAGAGCCUGAGCCUAGAGCUGGAGCCAAGCGCGCUGAAGGCUGGCCAGCCAGGGUUUGGUUUUUCACCUCAUCCUACAUGAGUUGAUCCUGGAAACCUGACUGGAGCAACAAGGGAAUGAAGAAGGGAGAGACACACAGACACAGCCUGGUCCCCACCAUGAGUGCAGAGCUCAAUGUGCCCAUGGACCCCUCUGCCCCAGCCUGCCCUGAACCUGGCCACAAGGGCAUGGAUUACCGAGAUUGGGUCCGACGCAGCUACCUGGAACUGGUCACAUCUAACCACCAUUCGGUGCAGGCACUGUCCUGGAGGAAGCUGUACCUGAGCAGGGCUAAGCUGAAAGCCUCCAGUCGGACCUCAGCCCUCCUGUCUGGCUUUGCCAUGGUGGCAAUGGUGGAGGUACAGCUGGAGACAAAGUACCAAUACCCUCAGCCCCUGCUCAUCGCCUUCAGCGCCUGCACCACGGUGCUGGUAGCUGUGCAUCUGUUUGCUUUGCUCAUCAGUACGUGCAUCCUGCCCAAUGUGGAAGCCGUGAGCAACAUCCACAACCUCAACUCCAUCAGUGAGUCGCCGCAUGAACGUAUGCACCCAUACAUCGAGCUUGCCUGGGGCUUCUCUACCGUUCUGGGCAUCCUGCUUUUCCUGGCUGAGGUGGUCCUGCUCUGCUGGAUCAAGUUCCUCCCCGUGGAUGCCAAGGAUCAGCCAGGCUCUCAUAGCCACACGGGCUGGCAGGCCGCUCUGGUGUCCACCAUCAUCAUGGUACCUGUGGGUCUCAUCUUCGUAGUCUUCACUAUCCACUUCUACCGUUCCCUGGUGCGGCAUAAGACCGAGCGCCACAAUCGAGAGAUCGAAGAGCUGCACAAGCUCAAGGUUCAGCUGGAUGGGCACGAGAGAAGCCUGCAGGUGGUGUGAGGGAGGUCUUUGCGAUUUGAUACCAGCCUGCAUGGGAGAGCAACCCUCGGGCCACCGCGCAGUAGGUAAGGGUAGCCAAGAAGGCUGCCAGACAAACCCUGGCUGCAUGAGAGCCACCACGCAUCACAAGAGCCACAGUGGGGAUUGCUAAACAGUCUGCCCAAAUGCUGCUCCAGUAACUCCACACUCCUGUCCUCGCAUGAAUAAGGGCCUAAAAGGAGUGAGAAUAGCAUCGGUUUCAUCAUGGAGGCCAGAGGAAGAAACACGACCACGUGGCCCCGGGGACUUCCUGGUCCAAGGUGUCAGAGAGCACUGUAGAUCUCAGACAUCUGGACCUUGUGAUUAGCAGGGUAGGAGGGUGAAUUCCCAAAGCCAGCUGGGAGGCUGGGGCUCAGGUGGGAGAGUGCUUGCCUAGUGUGCAGGAAGUGCCACAUAAGCCAGGUCCUCCCAGUGCUAGGGGGGUGGAGGAAGGUAAACCAGGGGUUCAAAGUUGUUCUCUGCUACAUGGUGUGUUUGAGGCUACACGAAACAAUCACAUGCACAUGCAUGCACAAGAGUGAGCACGCACGCACACAUGCACACACACACACACACACACACACACACACACACACACACACACAAAGAAUAGGCAGGCUGCUUGAGCGAGCAGAGGUGGGCCUGGGGCUGGCCCAGGGUAGCAAGGCUUAUGACGAGAUAGGAAUGUGUUAACCAAUCUUUAGCUCAGCUUGGUUCUUUCCUCCCAAUUCUGGAAAAGGUCAUGGAGUGUUCAGGAUUCUGGGGCACACAGCAGCUCGACAAGGGCAGCAGAUCCUGCUGUUGGAAUUGGAGUUUCCUGGUCCUAGAGAGCCAGCCACAGGCCUGAGCCAGCCAUUCCCCUUCCAUGGUCUGUGUCAAUGCAGGCAGGAGCACCAUCUCAGAGACCAGGCAGCUCAGCUCCCUUCUGCCUGGGCCCCCCAGAUGUUGAGAGGAUAAACUGGGGAGACUUCCUGUUUUUGCAAAGUGGUUAGCCCUGUGGUUAGGCCUAUGGGUGGGGCAGGGACCCGCCCCAGCCUAAUAUAGGCAGAUAUUCCCUGUAAUGAGGCUGACUAUGGGCAGAGAAGGGGAGACCUCAACACCCCAUUGCUGGGCCUACCAGGACUCUCUAUGCCAGCCCCUGCCCCAUGUUUACACAGCUGUGCGUGACUUUGGCAUUGUCGCUCCUGGCAUCUGGCCACCCAGUUGGUGUUGUCAUGCACACUCUGCUGUACCGAACCAGCUUGUGUGGGAGCCAGGACUUACCCACUUCUGUAGCAUUACCUAAAGAGGACUGAGGUCUCUGACUUUGUAUAUAAAUGGCCGCUGGGCUCCUGCGAGCGCCACUUCCGUUUCUUACAACAGCUUUUCUCUGGAGCCUGGGUUUGGUACCCGUGGGAUCCUGGAGGGCUCCCAUCCUGAAGUCCCCGGAAAUGAGACAUACUGCCAAGCAUAAACUUCAGCACACAGAGGGCCCUCGGGAGCCUUGUGGAGAUCUUCCUUGUAAACUGUGACAUCAGUGGACAGCCAGAACACAGUGUCCUGUGAACCCAGGAGAAACGCCCUCUGUCUUUCAAAGGCUGUAUCCUUCAACACCCUCCACUCCUACAGACAUCUGUCUGAGGCCUCUUGUAUUUCAGAUCUCUGUUUUCCUGGGGUCUUUUGGGAAGGCCAGCCUAGUUUGAUUUGUUUGUUUUGCGAAAGAAUGCUAGAAUCCUGGGUGGACAAGAUGGCUCAGUGGGUAAAGGCACUUGCCACCAAACCUGGAGACCUGACCUCAGUCCCAGUCCUCUGACCCACAACUAAGUAAAUAUAAUAAGAAAAAUAAAGCCA